GCUGGGGCCAGCCAAGGGAGGGGACAUGGCCAUGGGGCUGCAGAUGGGUUGGGAAAGGAGGAGAGCUCCUUUUGGCACAGAGAGCCCGGCUGUCGGUUCUCACCGCCCUUCCUCAGGAACCUCACAGCCCAAGCAUCCCCGAGGAUUUGGUGUUUCACUGCCCCUGCCUCCAGUGACAGCUCAGCCUGCUGUGGGACUACACACACGGGUACAUGGCUAGGACUACACACACGGGUACGUGAUUAGGACUACACACACAGGUACAUGAUUAGGACUACACACACGGGUACGUGAUUAGGACUACACACACAGGUACAUGAUUAGGACUACACACACGGGUACGUGAUUAGGACUACACACACGGGUACAUGAUUAGGACUACAUACACAGGUACAUGAUUAGGACUACACACACGGGUACAUGAUUAGGACUACAUACACAGGUACAUGGCUAGGACUACACACACAGGUACAUGAUUAGGACUACACACACGGGUACAUGAUUAGGACUACAUACACAGGUACAUGAUUAGGACUACACACACGGGUACGUGAUUAGGACUACACACACGGGUACGUGAUUAGGACUACACACACGGGUACGUGAUUAGCCCCAGUCCCUUGAGCUGGACGUUGCCCCCAGAGAGAAGAACAGCUCUGGGGUGUUAGAGCUCAUCUCCAGGCAGGCGAGGUGGGGCUCGCUCUGCAGCGCUCUAUGAACAGCAGCUCUUUGUCUCCUCCGUGUCUCCUCACCCUGAACGUGUUGCUGUUCUCAGAGGUUGGUUUCAAAGUGCUGAUUCACAGCCACCAGCCCUAUUGUUUUAUCUGAGGAGAUUAGAGCUGAGAAUGCUGCGGUUUUGUAGCAAAAAGACUCCAUUGGAAAUAACAUAUUUGACAUGAGACUGUUAUUUAUGCUCAAAUAACCAGCUCGUUUAAUGAUGAGGAGUCUUUUUUUUCCUUUUCAAGUUUAGAUCAAUCAUGUAUGAAGACAAACUCCCACUCAGCCUCCCUUGGCCCCUAAUAUUUUCAUUUCAUUCUUCUUCUGCUCAUUAUUUUAUGAUUUUGUCCUUGACUGGAACAUUUCUCUCUUGUUCUUCCUUACAUGCACCAUUAAAGAGGGAAAGGACUUACAUUUAGAGCUCAAGACUUGUGUAGCUCUUAAGCCAUAAAUAAUGUUUUAUACAGAGUCUAAGAUUAUUAAAUCCUUCUAGUUAGCCUCCCUCCUUCUUUUGCAGCUCAUCUGAUUAGAGGAGACAUAUUCUUUGAAACUUAACUAUUUCUGUUUCACUUUUGCAAGCAGACACGAGAAGACAGGAGCUGGCUGUGUGCACUGCUGAUCUGAACACUUGCCAUAGGAAUGCAGAAAAGCUUGCCUGCAAGAGAACUGAUUGUUGGCAUGGAAGAAAAGCCCUAAAAUUUGGAGAUGCAGUUGACUUCCUGAAUACAGUUCAUUGCUGGGAUGGCUCUGCCACCUCCAGAUCCCCAGUUUGUGCUCAGAGGUACCAGUGCUGCCAUCCACACUCUGCACUUCUCCUGUGGAGGCCCAGAACCCGAGAUCCCUGUUCUGUUCUCUGGGUCUGAGACCGGGUUUAUCCAUGUCUGGAACCUGAAAACACACAGAGUGGACACAGCACUGGAUGGCCAUGGAGGAAAAUCUGUCUACUGUGUGGAGACAAUGGGUGGUAAAGACAGGCUGCUCAGUCAGGGCCGGGACCAGAGGAUCUGCCUGUGGGAUUUAGCAGAGGGCCGGAGCGCAGUGACGGACUCUGUCUUCACGGAGCACGUGGGAUUCUGCAGAUGCUCUCUGCUAAAGGUGGCACAGGGACGCUGGCUGGUGGCCACGGCAGCCAAAGGCCUGGAGGAGGUUCAGGUUUUGGAGCUGCCAUCCAAGACGUCAGUCUGUACCUUGAAGCCAGAGGUGGGUGCCAAGCUGGGCAUGCCCAUGUGUCUGAAGUUAUGGCAGCUCAGCUGUGGUUCACAACCUUUGCUUUUGGCUGGCUAUGAAGAUGGAUCAGUGGUCCUCUGGAAUGUGACAAUGGGAAAAGCGUUGAGCCAACUCGUUUGCCACCAGGAGCCAGUGAUGAGCCUUGACUUUGACUCGGAGAAGGCCAAGGGGAUCUCGGGCUCAUCCGAAAAGGUGCUUCGCAUCUGGAGCCUCAAUGAGCAACAGAACCUCCAGGUUUACAAAACACAGGAACUUGUCAACGCUGGCAUAUCUGAUAUCACCAUCCGUCCAGACAAGAAGAUUUUAGCAACAGCAGGGUGGGAUCAUCGCAUCAGGAUCUUUGGCUGGAAAAAACUGAAGCCCUUAGCAGUGCUGGACUAUCACACCGCAGCUGUCCACUGUGUGUCCUUCUCAGAUCACAGCAGCCCCCGUGAGAGACUGCUGGCAGCUGGCUCCAAAGAUCACCGCAUCAGUGCCUGGUCAAUAUACACCCCGAGCUGACACCCUGCACCGCCACGGGCUGGGGGAACACGACUGGGGCCGCAGAGCCUGACACUGCAGUUCAAACACGGAAAGUCGUAGCAUCUGUCUCCAGGCUGAAGUGAGAGUCCCAGGUUAACUCCUAAUGCUGCUUGGUUAAGCUGCAAAUUUUGUUUUCCAGAGAGGGAUUUUUAAAAUUCCUAACAAGCAGAAAAAGGCCCAUCACAAAGACACGGAACAAGUCGCUUUGGGUUCUGCUACAGGUUUUGCAACAGCUUUUCUUUGGCAGGUUGCUGAAAUAACUUGUGCCAAUAUCUUUUGUGAAAAAGGACUGGAAUCCCUCAAAGUGUGGUGGGGGCAGAAUACAUCUGUUUGUAAACCCUUUAUGUAUCCAAGAAUUUGAAUGAGUGUAAAAUAUCGCUCUUUCUUGAAAAUUUAUCCCCAUUAAAGCACCUCCAGCGGGUUCUCAUUGUCAGUUACUUUUUCUUGCCUGUAACUGAAAGGCUAUCAGAACAACCUUGAUUUGUUCACACUUCUGUCAAGUUUCUAACCUAAACCAACAGCCAGGAAUGUGACUAGGGACGGCCUUUGGCAUUUAUGAAUUUCAUUAUGUCUCCUGUCACCUCAAGCCUCACAAUUAAUCACAAGAAAGAAAGGAAAAAAAUCUCGCCCUGCACUGCACUGCAAAGCUCUGUAAAGCCUUUCACAGAGCAGUGCUAAAUCCUCUCCAGAGACCGACGAGCUGCAGGAUUUAAACUCAGCAAUCCAAUUAGCGCCCUUCUCCUGGGAGAGUUACGGGUAUUUCAGCGUGGCAAGUCUGGGAUUCAGCCACACCCCUCUCAUUUACAUUUAGGGGAAUUGCUCGGGAAAUCCUUAUCCCACACAGUGCAAACGGCUCCAAUAACUCGUCAUCUCUACGGCUGUGGAAGCUAAAAUUCACUCAUAAGGGUUUUGUUUGAAUCCUGAAGCAGUAUUUGCAUUCUUGUAAGGCAUUUUAGACAGCCCAGUGUGUUCAGAGCCACUGUACCGCUGGAUUGGGUCACAAAGCUGCAGUGACAACUGUGUCCAGGCUGGGCACUGUUGAUACCUUAUUGGAAAUAAUUGUUUCUGCACUAUAAAGAGCUGGAAAUCCAAGAAAAAGGCAUCAAAAGUGCAGUGAACAGCAACAUCAAAGACUUUAGAAAUUAUUUCAGGAAAAACACAAAUGCAAAUGAAGGUCUGGGUCUGUUACCCAGCUGUGCUUUGCAGGCAGAGAAUGCUGCUGGACUGAAAGCCUUAAGCACCCAGCCUGGUGUUCUUCCCAUUAAAACAGAAUCAGGAUACUGUUGCCAGGCUUUUCUAAAUAAAACGUGGCCUUACACAUUUUGGAGUGUAAUGACAGUUUAAAUAAUGCAUUUCUUUGAUUAUGUCUUUACUAUUCAGUAGCUGCAUGGAGGAUCACAUUGCAGUUGAAAGUUAAAGCCUAAUUUUGAGUGAUCCCGAGUCAGGGGGAGGUGAUGGUGUUCAUUACAUCUACCAGACAGAGUUGCACAGAGCAAGGGCUCCAUCUCCACCCUCACCCACCUCCCACACAGAGGAGGAGCUGCUCUCACUGUACAGGCAGCUCCAGCCCUAUGGAAUGAGGGGCUGUCUCCACAAAGCUGCUGCUGGAAGAGACCUUUCCUUUUGUUCGUUCCCCCCUUUCUUCAAAUAAGUCAGACCUGACAAAGAAACGAUGCAGUGAAUAACUAGAGGAAGCUCUCUGUUGAGUGCACACUUGAGGGUGGUCCAGGGACCGUCCCGGGGAGCUGCCUGUCCUGACAGGACCACACCACGCGUGGCCUGGGGGUGCAAAUGCUCCUCUGCAGCCUGCUCUGCUGGCAAUUCCCACGGCACUGACCGCAGGGUUAGUGCUCGUCCAGCAGGAAAGCCCAUCUUGGUUCCUGCAGGAAAUGAGAAGAGCCUGGUCCUGGUAGAGAAGUCAUUCAUCCCGCAGACAGCAAAGGCACUGUGCCAGCAGAGCCCAGUGCGAGUGGGAAGCUGCUCUGCAGCCUGAGGGAGGCACAUCUGCAGCACUUGAGCACACCAAGGGCAUCUCCCAGAGACCUCUGCAUCUUACAGCCACUUGGGAAACAACUGCUGAGCGAGUGCUCUGCCGCUGGGAGGGGGCAGCCCCCUGGGAAGAAAGGAUUAAUACACUGUGCCUUAAUAGGAGCACUAUUAGAUCAGAGCCAGGAAGUCAGGAAUUCUGGAGUAUGCUUUGUUCCUUAAAAAAUGCCAUUUACUGUCAAUUUCUGUGCCUAAAGUCAUUGUGGAGACUCAUAAGGGAUGUUCCGAUUUACAAACAGGUCCUUGGAAGGUACUCUUAAAGAUGACUGUGUGCUGUCACAUCUAACACUGCCUUUUGCUGAGAGUUUAAUAUUUAUAUUUGUCUGAUUAGGUAGAGUUAAAAAUAGUCAUGCAAGUCCAAAUUGAAAAUGAGGGCACGAACUGCACCUCACUCCCAGGCAGACACAGAGGUAAAGACUUGCAUCAGCUGCAAGAGGAAGGACACAAGCUGGAGAGCUGCUUGCAAGAACAGACCCAUCCUAUACUUCCCAUUACCAAAGCAGUAUCCACCUCAUAUUUUGCACAUUACAAUUAAUACAUUAACACUUUACAUCACUACUGAUCUUAUUUAAACACCCAGUAAGCAGAUUUCUCUUUCACAUUAUGGUUUCCUUGAAAUGAGCAACCAGACUACAGCAGUUUGAUUUAGAGUUGAGCCUAAAUGCUAUAGGUGGAUUGUGAAUUAGAGUCUUCUAAAAUUUUAUAUGCUUAAGGAACUAACCUGGACUUCCCCAAAACAGAAUGAUUUCCACCACAAAGGAGAGUCUGUAUUGCUAUAGACUGUAAAACACAGUUGUCUGAUUGCAUCUGUGAAACUAAAAAGUUUUUUUAAUUAAAAAAAAUCAUUUAAAGCUCAUCACAGUUGUGCCAUGAGCAUGGUUAUCACUGGAGAUUUCAGCUGACCUGCUCAGCAGGAAGGUUGUGAGUGAAGAGCCACCUUAAGCUGCUGGAGUCAGUUGUGGAAUCUCACCUGCCAGUAAGGAACAGGGCUAGCCCGUACCUGGUCUGAAGGAUUCAGGAGUGAAGGUGAUGACAGCUAAAUUAUUACAAAAGGCUUCCUCCCAAGAAUCACUGUCUUUGGCACUGUCAGAGGAAGAAAGCAACCAGCAUUCAUAAACUAAUAGAAAUAAAUCCCAAACACCAGCAUUUGUGCAGCCAUUACAUGGACUAUUUAUCACCACUGCAAUGAAUGGUGAUCUCUGACCCUCUAACAUUAUUUGCAAAUGAGCCUAUUAGUUAAACCCCUUUCUCUUAUCAGUACACGAGCCAUAAAGCAUUGCAGUCCUAAGUGUAGAUGAGCAAGGAAAGAGGAGAUUAAUUGUAUUUGUAGUAAUGAGUGAAAAAGGAAGUAGGCUGGGGGCCUGCAGUGAGACAGUUGUUAAAUUUAGUCCUAUACAAUGCAAUUGCUUCAGCAAGCCAAUAAAUUACUCUCUGACUUGGAUUGUUGCAAAGGUCUGAGUUUAAAAGAGCAGAUUUUUAUAGUUAAGUCAGUAGUGGUUUCUGGACUGCUUUUUGUUUUUAGCACGUUUAAGAUGCAUCUACAAAGCCAACUUACAAAUUAAUAAAUCUUUCCUUUAAUUCAGUCUGCCAAGAACAAAGAUAGAACACUGACUACUGCAGGAGCCAUGUUAGCGAUGUAAACCAAAGGACUGGGGAUUAACCAGGGAUUACCGAGCGCUAAAUCAAUGUGUUUCCUUUUCUGGCUGUGUGUCUGUGGUGUGAAAGUAUGGAUCAUUACAUAACCAUGGCACAUGACUGCCUGGAUGAGUACUAGACAACGUUCCAGCAGUGCUGAGACACGGUCUGGGGUUGAAGCACGACCACCAAGGAGCGACAGCGCCGAGUGAGGACGGAGGCACAGGGGGUUCUGUUGCUCUGUGGUAUCCUGAGAUCCCAGCCGGGGUCCCCCUACUAGAGGAGGUUUUCCAAGUAAAUUUGACUGUGUUUAUCCAUGUCCUACUCUUCUGGGACAUGCUGGAGGUUUCCUUUAUAAUGUGAAGAAAACUAUCCAGAAUAAGAUCAUACUGGGGGGUUUUGGCAAUUCAUUUACGGCUGUCACAGUAUCAAAUUAAAUGAAAACAUAAUCUCUCAAUUGUGAAUGUUUUGCUCACCUGAUUAUUGGUAUGAACAAUAUCUGUAUGUCCUGUCCUAUGCACUGCUUUAUUCUGACUUAGAGGAAUUCAAUUUGCAGUUUGGUAUUAGGAGAGGAGGAGAAAGGGGAAUAAGGGUGUAAAUCAAAACACAGAAGCAACCUGUCCUUCUGAGUUUGGGAUAUGAAGAUUCUGGAAAGUACAAAGGGCCUUGAUGCAAACCACCUCCAGCAGUGGCCAGAUUCCUUAUGGGAAAAAGACAAGGAUGGCAGGAAGAGUGGAACCAGAGGGUGAUAGGUCUGUCUUUUUAAACUCAUAUACCAGCUCAUUUCAAUUUCAGAAGUAUUGACUUUUAAUUCCCAGCAUCCUUUUUAAAGGUGUUGGAACACUAGGAAAUCCUGUAAAACAGCCUACACCUCUAAAUAAGGCUGUGUUCACCCAAAGGAUUGUGGAUUUCUUUCUCUGCUAUGAAGAGUCGUAAUACCAGAGGCUGCAAUGCCACAGGGGGAGCACUGGGAGGGACUGAGGUCCUAAAGCAGCCACAUGCAGUGCAGAACUAUCCCAGAGCAGUAUUAACUAUCUCCUUACACAAGAGUGACAUGGCAGUGAAAAAAAAAAUAGUUCUAGCAAUUCUCUGUUGAAAAUUGAAGUUAUAAUAAUAAUAAUAAUAAAAAGGAACAAAAAAAAAGCUGUUACCUUACACUGAGAUCACAGCUAGAUGCUGUUUCCUCCUAGUUUAUAUAUAUUCCCAGGACACAAAUGAGGGCAGUGAAAAGCUACAGAAACCCUUUGGCACUUUCUGUACAGCAAUGAGCUCCCUUUCCUGCCAGCAGCAGGCCUGAUUGAUCCUGACUAUGUCCAGAGCAGGGAAUCUAGGGAGGAUGCUAAAAUGCUGAGCCAUUAUUCUGCUCUGGCAUCCCAUGCAAGCAAAAGUACAUUUUCCAGGCACCCACUGCUUGCUAUAAACACAUCCUGACCCAGGGAAGAAGAAAGUGUUGGGCCUAUGGAAUAACUUUAAACAUGGCAGAGAACGUGGCCAUGGCAUUUGUCCUGAUGGGAAUUCCAAAACCUGCCGAUCCGACAACCCAGUGCUUCACAGAUGCAUCGGCUCUGUGAUGGCACCACAACACUGAGGGUAACUGUUGUCUGCUCAGAUGGUUUUGCCUCAGAUAUUUUGAUGGCAUGCAGACCUGGCAUCCUGCUAAAUUGAGACAUUGAGUCUUUUUAGUUUUAUCUCCUAAGCCCAUCUGGUUUGAAGCAGUUGACAACAAGCAGGAAAGGGAAUAGAAUGAAAGACUCACUUUAUGUUUGCUGAAAUAAAAGAAAUGUGUACAGCAGUGCUCAGUAAGGGGCCUCUGCACUCGCCUCUCAGCACCCUCUGCCCUGACUGGAACAGGACCGGGACUGGGGGACUGCUCUGCCACAGCCCCUGCGCUGCAGCAGCUGCUCCCCUGCCCUUGGUGCCGGCACCCCACAACCUGCUCCCGCUGGAGCAGCCGGGCAACCACCUGCCCCCGGAACGAGGGGCAACAGGAGCACUGAGCAAGUGGAUGAACACCCAAACACAAAGGCAGAGCCCCCAUCCACCAGCUAAAACCGCUGACAAAACCGACACUGCAAACACCUCACGCAAAGGUGCUUCUGGAAAUGUCACACGUGGUUUAUUCUGGUUUUAACUUCCUUCUCGCAGUUCACAGCCCGGGGAUGUCGGUCUGAGCCCCUGGGCACCUGUGCAGUCCCCCCUGUUGCAGGCAGUUCCAGCACUGCAGUGGCCCCCGAGGAGUCCUUCACUGCCCCGGGAGCACCCGCUGGGCCAUUCCCAGAACAAGCUUUGGGGAGGAGGACUCUGCUGUGCAGCUCUGUCUCCUUACACAAUUAGGUCCUAAAUGCGACUUUUCUGGCUUUUGUUCUUAAUCACUUUGUUACUAGUUCAAACUUGUAAUUUUAACCUAAAUAGAAGUGAGUGAUUUAUUGUAAUUGUUUUGUAUAGGCUGCUCUUAAUAAACUUUUUUUAAAAUCUGGAAAAACAUUUAAUUUCCCAUAUGGAAAGAACACAUUUAUCAUACUUUACUCGGAUAUACUUGGCCAACUAUUGCACAUAUAUGCAAAACAUAUGUGACAAAUUCAAGGCUGAAUUUCAUAAAACAGAAAUGCUAUGAAAUGUGAUAUAAUAAAUAUAUUACACAGA